UGGAAAGAGCGAGGGGGUAAAUAGACUGGCGGGGCAUACACUGAUCCAUCACACUAAAAACCUGCAAAGAUCGCCCGUGAGACUGCUGCAACUACGCUAUAGGCCAUUGAUAUCGCGUUCAUUUCUGGUCAAUUGGUAAGGGGGACAAAGUGUCCAUAAUAUAAGGAAAUGGCAGGUAUUUUGGCAUGGUUUUGGAACGAGAGAUUUUGGCUCCCUCACAAUGUAACCUGGGCUGACCUAAAAAACACAGAUGAGGCAGCCUUCCCGCAAGCUGAGGAUUUGUAUCUGGCUUGUCCUUUAGCCUUCUGCAUCUUUAUGAUUCGACUGGUUUUCGAAAGGUUUAUUGCCAGACCGUGUGCCUUGGGUCUCCAGAUACAAGCCAAUGGACCACAGAAAGCCCAGCCCAAUGCCAUUUUGGAGAAGGUGUUCACUGCUAUCACCAAGCAUCCAGAUGAGAAGAGGUUGGAGGGCCUGUCCAAACAGCUAGACUGGGAUGUACGGACCAUCCAGCGCUGGUUCCGACAGCGCAGGAACCAGGAGAAACCCAGCACGUUGGCUCGCUUUUGUGAGAGCAUGUGGCGAUUUACAUUUUACCUCUAUAUAUUUACCUACGGAGUGCGUUUCCUUAAAAAGACACCAUGGUUAUGGAACACAAGAGAGUGCUGGUACGACUAUCCUUAUCAGCCGCUGACGGUGGACAUCCACUAUUACUAUAUACUGGAGUUGUCGUUCUACCUGUCCCUACUCUUCUCCCAGUUCACAGAUAUCAGAAGGAAGGACUUCCUGAUAAUGUUCCUGCACCACCUGGCGACAAUCUCCCUCAUCACCUUCGCCUACGUCAACAACAUGGCUAGAGUGGGCACGCUGGUCAUGUGUCUCCAUGACUCCGCUGACGUCCUGGUGGAGGCUGCCAAAAUGGCCAACUAUGCCAAGUUUCAGAGACUUUGCAACCUCCUGUUUGUCAUGUUUGCAAUGGUCUUCAUCAGCUCCAGGCUGGGUGUCUAUCCUGUCUGGAUUUUAAACACUACCUUGUUUGAGAGCUGGGAGAUCGUGGGGCCGUACCCCUCCUGGUGGGUGUUCAACCUACUGCUGAUCCUGCUGCAGUUCCUGCACUCCUUCUGGUCCUACCUCAUAGUGAAGAUAGCCUGUCGAGCUAUCUCCAGAGGAAAGGCAGGGAAGUGGAAUCCUUUACAUGUGUCGAAAGACGACUGCAGUGACAUUGAGUCCAGCUCGGACGAGGACAACGGUCCUCCGCCCAUUCCUGUUCAGAAGCACCACAACAGCACCACCAACGGAACCAAUAAAGUCCACGGGACCAAUGGGUACCUGUCAGCAGGGGCCCCAUGUCUAGAUGAACACUGACCACUGCUAUGAGACAUUUUAUAAGCACUGGAGCAAAACUGCAGACACCAUUCAUAGAUACUACAUGUGUGCGACAUGAACAACAUUGCCUGUCUGGUACUGGAAGUUCUUAGUUUUCAGUUUGAUUAUUUCCAUGUUUCCCCUCCAUUUUAUUAUCUUUCUCUAUAUUUGCAUCAAACUGCAUUCAAUGAAAUAUCAAAGCACUCGGUACAGCCCAGUCUCUCUGUUUAGCCAACGAAUGAAUGCAUUCCACUAUUAUGGCGAAAGCAUGCUGUUUAAACGUAGUCUGACUGGCAUACUGGGGGUAGUUAAUUAUGUUAUGUGUCUAUGUUAUUUAUUUUGGAUAGAUAUACAGUACCAGUCAAAAAAGUUUGUACACCUACUCAUUCCAGGAUUUUUCUUAAUUUUUACUAUUUUGUUUACAUUGUAGAAUAGCAGUGAAGACAUCAAAACUAUGAAAUAACA